CUGAGCGUGUUCGGAGUUGUGGGUGCCCGCGCGACGUUAUCGUGUUGUAAACAAAGGGAAGCCGGCUCAACGCAGUGUCGUCCUGCGGCGGCGGUGGUUUGUUGUGGUGGGAAUGAGCGGGGGCGGGGACGAAGUCGUCCGCCGGCAAACGUGCGUACUGGUGGAAAAACGGAGCGCGCGGGGUAUCGUAGCCGCAGAUCGACGAUCGACCAUCGUCUCCUCCGCGACGUCGAAACGUCGACGACAUCAGAUCUUGUGACGGUGUUUCCGUCAUCGGCGCCGCGCUCAGUGGAAAAACGCCGUGAACGUAUACAGAGCGAGCAUGUCAACGUGAAUCUGAAAACGGUCCUAGCCGCCAAGAACCCUAGUCACACCUCGUUUCUCACUCCGUUAAUUUCGUGGUCGGUGCCGUUCUCAUCCCACUGUUCUACGCGUCUCGUAAUCGACGGAACACCUCCACGGCAGAACGUUGCCAAUGUAACUCGACGUUUACAUACGCGUAAAAAGGUAGACACCGUGUCCGUGACGUUGGACGUUUCGCUGGCCCGUUGCUAUCCACCGACUGUGCUCUCUGUCGCCGGUCUGUUUGAAUAACAGAACAAGACCAACAGACUUUGUAACAAGCUUCCUAUUUGUGCAAUUUUUAGAACUUAGUGUGUGAAAAAGGUUUUUCUAUACAAUCAACAAAGUAGCAAUCAGUUUAGCUAUUACAUCUCAUACUUCAUUAACGUGGUAUACACAUGUCUGAAGAAUAUUUCAACUGAUAUCUCACGUGCCAUUAUUCUACUCUACUAUUUAUACUACUGCAUUUUACUUCCUAAGACCUCAAAGUGUAAAUUUGGUGUGACGCAUGAAGUGAAUACGUACAUGCUGAUGUUAAUACCGACUACCCUGCUCUCUUACUGCGGUGACGAUACUUUCUCCGUCACCACUAAUUUCUGUGAUACUGGGUGUCGUCGCUCGAUUUGACCAUUUCACCUUUGCCAUUACAACGAGGGACGCAAGGCUACCACUGUGCCUAAAACAUUUUGUAUCGAUAUCAGAAUUAGUCAAAGACUGUAACAGAUACGGUAAUUAAAUUCAAAUAUUGCUAUUAUUAUAAUGGCGGCAAUUUACUUCUAUCAGCAGUUUACUAACAUCGAAUAAUCACUUUCCUACUAUCGUUACAACUACUGCCACUUAACCAACCAACUGCCUAUCAAUACUACUAACUUUAAUAGUACUACCAUCAUUGAUCCAAUAUAGUCUAACCAUAGCACAUUCGAUUCUCGUAUUUGGACAUCGAUUCCGUAUGAAAGUCCAACAGCAAAGACGAAAAUACUGGGAUUAUGAAUCCCCUUGGGACCGACGUUCCCGGUCGUCGUAGCCUUUUAAACGGAUUGGUGACAGCUGCCACAAGAUCUUGGCGAAAUGGUUUUCAGUCUAACGGGCAUAAUUCGAAUUCUUUGGUAUUUCCAACUAUUUCUACGUCAGUUAAUAAUAGUUCAACUUGUCGCACCCCUGCCACAGAUAACGCUAACAUAACUGAGGAACAAAGAAGGUGGCAACAGCGGCAAGAAGAACACCGGCUCAACGUCCUCUGGUACGGCGGAGAUGAAAUGCAUCUGCAACCGUCACCAGCUGUUCUUUUUGAAUUACAUAACCGUUAUCAGUCGCCAGAUGACUGGGAAAAACAACCGCUUCGACAACGGCGACGUAAGUCUCAACAAUUGCAACAUCAAGGGAUUCAUAAAAAACGAUCAGCGUUACCAACAUCACCGAUUGUAUGGGCCGUCCUGUUACAUACCAUGUAUUCAGCUGCUAUGGCCGCAGUAUAUUAUAUAUAUGGCGUGACAUCUGGUAGCGGAUGGAUAUGGUUAAAAGAAGUCGACAGCAGCAGUCUAUUUAAAUGGUUAUGCCAGCUACCGCCGAUGUGGUAUUUUGUUGGACAAGCUUUUUGUGCAGUCACCAUUGGUUAUGUUUGGUAUCAAUGGCAAAAACGGGAAAAGUGGUGUUGCUACAUGUUAAUUGCACUAUUUAUCACCGCAAUUUUUCCGUCUGUACCACUAGCCGAAGUCUUCGGAGAUAAAAUCGUGAAUAAAAUGACGGAAGUUCCCGCGGAAAACUCUGCCGAACGACGGAAUUAUUAUAAUUCAGAAAGUUUUUAUGAAAAUCAAUUAGCACUUUACGAAGGCUUAUGGCACGUGUCAUUUUUCAUAUUCGUCUCGUACUGCCUAGUGUUGCCAACAAGUGUAGACCGACAAUCAGAUAACGAGUACAGCGAAACUAUUAAUGAACAUGAUGAUAACCAAAAAAAUAUAGAAGAUAAUUUCAAAGAAGACCGCCACAUUUCAACCGCCGUUUUGCUGUUUGCUAUCGUAGCUUCUAUUGGACACACAACCCUUAAUAUGUACAUCGCAUACCAUCAACAGAAACGUCUGGUCAACAAUUCGUCCAUGGCGGCUAUUCAACAGCUCAUAGCUAACGUAGUAGUUCUGGCAUGCGUCAAUCUGGCUGGAUGGCUACUGCGUCAGUCGAUAAUCCAGGACCGUAUAGAAAUUAGAAGUCACGAAGGCAACAGCAGAUUUGAUGGGAAACACAAAUAUCUUCGAGCAGCAUUGCGCCGGCAAGCUGAUAAGCUGAAUCAACUCCUAACAUCCUUGCUACCCAGACGCGUGUUUUUGGAAAUGAAACACGACAUAGUUGCCGAUGCAGCACGUUCCUAUAACGCGAUUCGCAGUUCUAAUGACAAUAGCCACCGAGACGAUGUGCAACUACAGAGACAUCAGCAGGAAACAUUGUUAAAAAUAGAUAAUAUGCCGAGAAUGUAUUUAAAAGAAUACGAAAAUGUAAGUGUUGUGUUUGCCAAUGUCACCGGAUUCUGGGAUAAUGCGCCACUAGUUGUGAGCCAUGAUAAUUCUGGCCCCCAAACUUCCAUGCAGCUCAUUACACUUAUUGAUCGAUUGCUGGCGAAUCUAUUUCGUAAACUGGCAUAUCGCAAUCAUUGCCUCCCAAUACGUCUGCUUGGCCACCGUAUGUAUUUCAUUGCUGGGUUGCCGGAUGAAGAAAGCUAUGGAUAUGACGAUGAUGGACACAAGAACGGUACUUGGAUGAUGAAUGACAAUGGACAUGCAAGAAAUGCUAUCCAAAUGGGAUUGGAUUUAAUCGACGCUGUUAAUACCGUGGUUCGUGAUGUAAGCCGGUUCCACAACAGACAUAAAAUCAAUCUUAAUGUUCGGGUGGGCGUUCAUUCGGGCCGAGUAGCAUGUGGUGUGCUAGGUUUCACUGGAGGUACAGGCAUCCCAUCUGACUCGGGUAGCCGUUGGCAAUAUAGUGCGUGGGGCCGCGACGUUCACGUAGCGUCAUAUAUUGAGAACUGUGGUCGUUCAGGAAUGGUGCAUGUAAGUCGUGCCACGGUCAAUCAGGUUACUAAGAAAGGAGUUGCUGAUACUGCAGUUAAUAGAGUAAAUCAUGUACCACCGGGAGUAAAACUCCGUAACAAUACAAUCAACUAUCAAACCGAUUCCAAAGACAACUUAGAUGACUACUCAUUUGAACGUAGUCGUGAAGAAGAAAGGAACCAGUUUCUCCGCCACAACCGAAUCGAUACAUAUUUCGUAAUUCCCAAAACAGUAUAUCCUCAUUCAGAAAAUACUGAAAAGUUGACAGAUAACUAUACAAUGUAUGAGAACGGUAGCGGAGAUAUUGUUUCGCUGAUUCUCCAAUCAGUGAAUCAGCAACUGCUAAGAGAGGAAAUAAGACAAAAAUAUGCUGUUGCUGGGUUAAGGCCUGAAACAGAAAUGGAGUCAGAACAAUUUCCAGCUAUUUCGACAACAGCGAUUGCGGACAUACCUGUGACAAUGGCUGCUGUGGUUCCUGCAGUUCCUGUAGCAUCGGUAAUGAAAAGGAACCGCCAUAGACGGAGUCGAUAUUUUGAUCAAGAGUCACAACAGGCAGCUUCUACAAAUAUCAAUACCAAUUGCGCUAUCACAUCAUCAAUGGAGCGUUACAGCCGGUGGGAAAAUGAUGUAUUUGUAGUUUGUAACAACGAUGAUCACGAGAAGGUUAGAAGUAAAUCUGACGACGAUGAUCUCUUUCGGAUAGCCAAGUCACAGCUACUACUUCUGUGCGUAAUUAUUGCCCUGUUUGUGGUUAACGUAACAACUAUGCCCUGGACUAUGUUACUUGGCAUUACAUUUAUUACACCGUUUGUUAUAACUGCCGGAGAACUAAUAUAUGUGAUGGCCUUAUUGAUCGACUGGAUUCCUCGUCCCAGGUUCUACAGCACUACUUACGCCACCGCCAUUAUUGCUGAUGAUGACGAAUAUUAUCAUCACUAUGAUAACAAUGAUAGUGAUACUAGUAGCAGCAGUAACGGAGAUGAUAAAUGCUUAAGGCGCUUUUUUGUCUGUCAUCCCGGUAGAUAUUCAUUGUUCGCCUGGCUAUUUAAACCAUUUCAAUGUAGAACAAAUACCGCGAUGACCACCCGUAACCAUUUAGACAAUGGUGACGGUUGGCGAAAAUGUUAUUUUAAAUGGUGUCGUUGUUACGGCCGCCAUAGCUGGUUCACCUGUUGUUUAAAUAAUCAAAGAGCAUCGUCUUGCAUGUCGUCUGACGACAGUGACAUUGAGAGCAGACUCGGCUUUCGAAACGAGAAUGCCAUAAUGGCAGCAACAACAAGAACGUCUCCGCCACGGCAGCAAAUCCGGCUUCAACACUCACAACCGAUUAACAUGAAUAACAGCUACAACAAUAAUCUGAUACGUCGGCGACACAGACAUCUGAAACGGAUAUAUCAAGAUGAAGAGAGACGUACCUACUUUUAUUGGACAUGUGCCUGCUGUGAAUUAAUUGUCGUAUUGCUCAUUUGUCUUUUGGCUUUGUUAAACGCUUUUACCUGCGAACCAGUUGAAAUAAGUGCAACAAACACCGUAUACGAUCAACUCCAUACUCACAACACUAUUAUAAAUAGUAGUGGUGAAUUCAACACCCCUACAGUUAAUACAACACAACCACAUCGAAAUCCAUUGACGUGUAUGUGGCCUCAGUAUGCCGUUCUCACGUGCUGCUUAGUGUACGUUUCAAUAGCUAUUGCGUUUCCCAUUUAUUAUGGUUCACUGCCAACACUGCGAAUGAAAAUCGGAAUAUUGCUUGUCAUGACUUGCGUAUUUGCCGUGGCUUUCGUUCACUUUACGCACAAGCACGUGUUUAUCGCUGCCUCGAUGUCUUCUCCUACACCUUCGUUCUAUAGCAAGUCUGACGAGUUCCAAAAUCAUCAAACAAACAACACUUUCAGUAUAAAUUACAAUGACCAUCGUGAAAUAAACAACGCUCCAGUCCAUAGUGAUGGCUACCGAGAAAACCAACGAUUAUUAAAACUACAAGACCGAGAACAGCAGAGAGCAGCUGGCUUAAACACUGCCACAGCUACGGUUUACGCGAUUUCGUUCGCCAUAGCCACGCUUGCCUGCUUUGUGUACAAACAUCGCUUACAAGAUCGACGAGCACAUCACAGGGUUAAGGUGGAUCGUGACUUGAGACGGUUGCGUGUUUUGCGCGAAGCCCACAGGCGCACUUUGCAUGCCAUCGUACCAGACCACGUGGCAACUUUAUUGCGGCGAAGCUGCAGUAAUGAUGCUAAUGAUGCUGACGAUGAAUGUGAAAGAACUCAUCACCAACAGAACUAUGGUUUUGGAGAAACUAGACCGAUACGAACUACUCAUCAAAGUCAAGAAAACAUGCCUGCAUACUUGGCACCACCACUCUAUCAAUGUGGCUACCGAUCCAUAGUUAUCGUGUUUGCCACAAUUGUACAACAAGAACAAUCAUUGCCGACCAACAUUAACCGUGGUGAAAAAAACGAUGCCAUCAGUCAUCACUGCCAUAAACAGCUAGCACUACUUCACAACAUAUUCAGCGAAUUUGAUAGACUUUUAGAUAAUCAAAAGUACCGAGGAUUAAUAGAAAAAAUAAAAAUGUUGGGAACUAACACAUACAUGGCAGCUGUUGGUCUACAACACCAUGAUGGACCGAAACGUCGACAAGUCAUGCUGCUGAAAGAUAUGAAAGAGAGAUGCGAUGAAUCUUGUAACUUUGACGGACAAGAAACAAAAAAUUACGUUGAAAAUUACCAUGUCGGAGAUAAUAUUGACAAUGAUCUAGAAAAUGAAUAUGAAUUAUAUAAUAUCAUAUCAGCAAAUUAUAUAACAUUUGCUUUAGAUUUCAUUCGGGAAAUGCGUCGUGCACUGCAUCGUCAGCAAACGGAGACGGUGACUCCUGUUGGAAGCUCAAAUAACUCGCAACCAUCACAAUUUGUUCUUCGAGUUGGAGUAAACGUUGGACCUGCUGUAGCUGGAUUAAUCGGCUGCAAUGAUAGAAUCUGGAAACGUCCACAGUUUGACGUAUGGGGUAAUACAGUAAACGAGGCUAGACAGAUGGACAUCACUAGUAUACCAGGUAGAACGCAAGUUACUAGUUGCGUUGUCGACAUAAUGCAAUUGAUGCAUUAUCCAAAUCCAAAGUAUGAGUUUGAAACCCAAACCAAGAUGAUAAACAAAGACAAUAGGAUACCUACAUAUUUUGUUCGUGAAAGUUUUGAACGAGAUGAUGAGCAUAACUCAGUUCAACGAAAACCCUCUAACUACCAUCUUCCACAGCUGCGCCAAAAUUCUCCCUAUCAAUAUGAGUCAGACCGACCACAUCAGCAGAACAAACAACAGACCCCCAUACGACCGUCACAGAAUGUCCUCCGCACGACACCUCUGCACUUGGCACGUGACCAGCCACCACUCAAUGUAGUACCGCUUGUCAACGUCCACUCGAAGCACUCCCACUACAAUUCUAUGGUACAACAGGAUUCGCGACAAAAAUGUUUGGAACCACAAAAAACACCACCGCCGCCACCACCACCACGAAGUCCACCACCUGUUACAACACGGCGGACCCAAUAUCCGAUGCAACAUCAAUAUAGUGAAGAACGCGAUCGAUAUCCAGAUAUCCAGAAUAGAUCACGAGCAGGUGUCCCCCAAUCCCGAUGUGCAUCCAACUCAACCGCGACAACAGCAGCCACAUACGCCCGCCCACUUCAAAAACAACAGCACCCAUCUACUUUGGCGCCAGUGCCCCAUGGUCUCGUUCAAAUUUUUGGUGAUUCACAACAUCUAUCGCCGCCAAACACUCCAACUACUACCGAAGCCAAACCAACCUCUUCUAACCAUUCUACCGGAGGGACAAUUCUUAACACCGCUUUACAUAACCAUCAACAGCCCCAACAAGUACGUCGCCCAAACGUAUUGCUUCUGAAAAAUACAACAUCUGCAUCAACAAAUAAGUUUGACGCUAAUCGUCCUCUACCGGAUCCACCACGCUCCUCUGACACUGUAGCUGGUCGACAUCGAAAUCGUGAUGAUCCACGGCGGCGACGACGUCGUCAGCACAAUCAACCACCCACAAUGAACAAACAACAGCAGGAAACCAAACAGGAUAUCAAGAACGACCAUUGUCUGGGUGUGGUCUCCCCGGCAUGGCCGUCGUCAUCUUCGUUCCGUUCACCGAUCAGUGUCGGAAGUUUUGUCAGUGUGUCAUCUCCGCCAUCAUCAUUGUCGUCAUCCAGUUCCACAGAUGCCGGUGGCACUACAACAUCAAAUAAUAAUUACAACACCACCACCACGGCUUCGUCGUCGGACGACAGUUAUGGUUGUACGACUACAGAAGACUGUGCUGGCAUUGACCGAGUGGAUACUGAAAAUGUAGGUACUGCUGCUUCUUCCGUGGCUAUAUCAUCAGUUCACCAUCGUUAUCGACAACAGCAACAAUUAUUGCUUCAUCAGUGGUCUCCGUCAACGACAGCUAAUUCAUCUCCCGUUAGACGAUCGUCGUCUUUCCGCUCACCGUUGUCUGCUGGUGACAACACCGCUGCAUCGUCAUCAUCAUUGCGAUCUCCACCUAUUGUUGGCCAUACUACCACUACCAACUUUGGAGGAACACAAUCGCUCAACCGCCGCCAUGUACGCUCUUCUAACACCACCUCGGGUGCUGGUAGCAGCUCCAGUCGCCGUCGUCGACGCCGACAGCAGCAACAAAACAACACAGCAAUAGCUGGAAAUUCUACACCCCCAGCUGGUGUUAUACCAGAUGUUGUAGGCAUUAUGAACACUACCUCAAAUGUAUCAACUGAAAAGUAUGAGUCAUCGGCAUCUUCGCCAUGGAAAAAACAACAGCAGCGACGACAAGUUACAAGUAAAGACCAAGGAACAGGUGGUGGAGUGGUGGGCCCAGAUUUUACAGAUGAAAUACGACGUAUAUUGUUAUUGGACCAACACCGUGGAAACGUUCGUCAACAACAGGGAGGACCAUUCAAAGAAGAAGAAAUGCAAGUCGACAAACACAGCACUGACAAAGACAAAGUCAAUGAUAAUGUUGCUAAACACUUGUCUUCGUCAGAACAACAGCAUCUUUGCAUUGCAACAGUUUUGACAAUGGAUCAGAAACCCGAUAAAGAUGACAAAAAUAAUCAACAAGUCGAGAAAGAUAUUAUAAACACAGCAGCAAUAUCAGUUCCAACUACUGUAGCUUCGACGACAAGUAUUUCAUCAGCGUCAUUGUUUGAGGAGCGUGAAAGACAAAUAACGGAACAAGUUAAGCGGCAGCAAGCCGAAGUGAGACGGAUAUUACAGGAGCAUAAGAACAAUGUGGUAGCUGUUGUCAGAGGGCCGGCCACGGUCAUGGCUGAUGCUAUUUCACACAGCCGUAAACAACGAGUUAUGUCAUUGGCGGUAGAGUCAUCAUGGAGCGACGAUGAAUCGUUAGAACCAUCAUCAUCAUUACUUGAUAACAAACAUCGGCCACAACGAGUCGGUUUCAAAGUAGGUUUGAGUGACUAUGAAGCUAACAGCAGCAUCGUGACUGCUGAAACAGAAUACACUACCGGCGGGGAGGGUGAUGAUUACACGACCGACGGUGACGGAUAUACUACCACUGGAUACACAACAGACGAGGCUGCUGCUCCUGCUGACCGAGAGACAGAUAUGCCAUAUGCUGCUACCAUAAGUCAACCUGAUGCAUCUACAGCACGACAACUCGAUGACAACUUAUCAACUUUGAACGACACUGGGCUAACUGAUGCUGAAGCUGCGUUAAGUGACGUCAAUUCAAUGAUCGACUACAAUGAUUGCAAUGACAACAACCGUUACAGAGGUCGUCGCCAGAGUAGCUUAAGCAGUAACAGUGUGUGCCCAUAUGCCAGCGAUAGUUUUUGCGAAGAUGAUGACGAUUACAACGAUGAUGGUCAAUAUUUUUUCUGGGAUGGUUACCAUGUGCAGAAUGAAAAUGUUGAAUUAGGUGAUGAUGACGAUGACAAUGACAGUCAUUACAACCAUAAUCGGAUUUUGCUACAGCAACAGCUGUCUCUUACACAUCCAUCAACAUCAUCAUCACCACCACCACGGGUUGAUGGCUGUAGUGGUAUCGAUAAGAAAAGAUCAUACCAUCAACAGCAGCUUCAACAAUCAACAACAAUGCAGACCGGUGGCUCCAAUACUACAGUAAAUAUCACUCCGAGACCAAUCGCGCCUGAUGCUACUACAGCUGACACUUCUACAAGAUCGCCAACUACCCUUAACCCUUCUUCUAUACCUAGUAACACCAGUAUUAAUGCAUCUCCUAAUUAUUGUAGCAUAGCUACUAAUACUCUUAGUUCAAACACUGAACUAGAUGGGCCACUAUCAUCAUCCAAUAUUAUAAAAGAUAUGUCAUAAUGAAAAUAACUAUACAUUUCUGAAUACUAUCUUGGUACAUUUCAGUGUAGUGAAAAAAUUGCAAUAUUUUAACAUACAGUAAUUAAUUGGAAUAUGAAUACCAAUGAUGAUAAUACUUUAAUAUGCUCAAAAUUACUCAUUUGCCCAUUAUCAAUAUAUAUAUCAAUUAACAUUAAAAUCUAGGAACCAUCAAACAUUCAAACACAUGUGAUUAUUGUUACCAUUGGUAUAUUUCAAUAUAUACCUUUGCAAUAUUUAAAAUUUAUUAAUUAUUUAAAUUUAUAUACCCUAUAUCAAUGGUAUUAACUAAGGCUGGAAUAACAAUGCACUUUGCUAACAUGCUCGUUUUGGUACAAAUAUGAUUCAUUUGUUGUUGUUGAAUGGAUUUUUAUUUAUUUAUUUAUUAAUCCAGGAUAAAUGUUCUAAGGUCACAGUUUCAAAUUAUUCAUUCAAAUAUUUUUUAAUAUUUUUGGAAUUUUUGGUAUUUAAGGCUGUUGGAGCAUAGAAUAUUUUAAGUAGUACAAUCUAGGAAAUUGUGCAAAAAUAUUAUUGGCAAAUAUUUGUCAUUGUAUAAGUAGUAAAUGAACCUUAGUGUGUGGUGUAAUCCAUUAUCUGGGCCAUUAUCAUGUUAUCGUUAACUGUUAAAAUCGGUAUAAAAUAGCUAUAACCUGAAGAUUAGUUUAUGUACUUCCCGAUAUCAGAUUAUUUUUAAAAUAUGUAUGAACGCAUUAUCCCUCUUACUAGGUUAUGUAGUAAAAAUAAUUGAUGUUUUAAAUUAUUUUCAUAAUUUUUUUUAAAUUUUAACAUAUUUUUUAAUCCUUAUUGAAUACAAAAAUCAAAAAUCUGGUUCCUACAUAACCUAGAAAAAGAUGAUGAGUUCAUACAAAUUUUUAAAAUAAUAAUUGGACAUCGGGAAGUACAUAAACUAAUCUUCCGCUUAUUGGUUUAAAACUACAAAAAAUACUGUGUUCUUUAACAGCCUUAAGGUCAUUUUUUUUUUAAUAAGAGCAUUUCAAUGGUUAUAUCGCAUUUUACAAGUAUGUUCAAAUUAAAAAAAAUAAAUUUGAUUUUAUAAUUUUAUAAAUUAUAAUCUACUAUAAACGCAAACAAUUAAAAUAUGAUCUGAUCUUCCAUUUAAUAUCUCAUACGAAUAAUAAAAUCAAUGAAAGCUAAGCAACCUAUUAUCUAAUACUUUAAUAAUCACUAAAAACAAAAAAUCUAAAUUCAACAUCAUCAAAUUAUAAAUAAAACAGUAUACAUAUUUCUAUGUUUAAUGAAUGUUAAAUCUUAAAAAAUGUAUUAAUCUAUUAUUUUUGUUGUAAUUUUAGUUUUUAGUGCAUUAUUUUAUAUUUUUAGGGCAUUAAUACAUUUUUGUAGAGCAUGUUAUUAGUCUCUUAGUGCAUUACAUUUCCAACUCUAGUAAUAACAAUUAAAUGUGCCCAAAAUCACAUAAAUAACCCAAAAAUUAUUGAUACAUUUAAAUCUACCUCAGUAUAUUUGCACCAUGAAAUACAUUAAAUGAUAUUAUCACCAUUGGUAUAUUUCAAUUCUAUAAAACCUUUUGCGAUAUUUAACACUGAUCAGUUAAUUGGAUUAUGGAUAGCAAUAAUGAUAACAUCUUUUUAAUAAGCUCAAAAUAACUCAUAUGACCAAAAUGUUUUUGAUAUAUUUCUAUAUACCCUUAAAUAUUUAUACCAUAUAUAUAUUUCAGAUAACUAUCACCAUUGGUUAAUUUCAAUUUAACAAAAACCAUUUUAAUAUAUAACAUUUAUAAUUAAUUGAAUACCAAUGUUGAUAAAAUUUGAAUAUGCUCAAAAUUGUUCAUAAGACCAAAAUACUAUCGAAACAUUUCAAUCUACCUCACAAUGUUCACACCAUAAACUAAAUUUAAUAUUAUUAUCAUUCAUCACCAUUUGAGCAUAAUAAAAGGCUUUGCGAUAUUUAACAUAAUCUAAUUAAUUAUUACCAAUAGUGAGUUGAAUGAGCUAUAAUCGUCCAUGCAACCAAAAUACUAUCGAUGCAAUUGAAUCUACUUAUAACCAUCAAUAUACAUUUCACAAUGACAUCACUGUUGGUACAUUUCAAUCUACUAAAAACCUUUGCGAUGUUUAACAUGCAUUAAUUAAUUGAAAUCUGGAUACCAAUAGAGAUGACACUUGAAUGUUUUGAAAAUAAUUUAUUAUAGAAACAAUAAUUUAUUACUAUACAUUUUUAUUAUAUGUUUAUAACCUAAGGUAACGAUCGAAUUUUGUUUGUUAUAAGUAACCCCCACAAUCUGGUGGGGGUUUAUUAUUAAGCUUUAAUAGUAAUUUAAAUUUUAACGUAACAUAGUUGGAUUAAAAAAAAAUUAAAAAUGUA